AUUGCAGAAUUUCCUCUUGCCUUUCCACCAUCAACAUUAAGCCAAACAAUUUGGGACAAUCAAGACUUUGGUACGUGCUUCAAGCAGGGUCAUCAAAUCCAAAUAUGGAAAGCAUAAGUGACAUCAUCCCUUUCGCCAAGGAUCUGCUGCGCCAGAAGCCUACCCGCAGCAUGUUGAAGAUCUACAUGCUCGGCUCCACUCUGGCUGUUCUUGGAAUGGUUGGAGGAAUGGUGGAGAUGAUUUUCCUGCCCUUUGUGGAGGAUCGAACCAUAGAGGAAGAACUGGAACAACUUCUCAUUGAAAACAAGAAAAAGAAAGAUGUCCCAACAACUGACAUUACCUCUGUUCAUACAAUCUUAAUGUCUGAGGCAAAGGUCAAACAUCUGGGAACUGCUUUGCAGAGAAACUCAGCCAACCGUUUGCACGCAUCUUAGGGAAACCCUUCGUACCCAGAAAUGGACUUUGCAGACAGGGUUGUUGAUGGCAGUAGUGAUAAACCCUGUCACCACAUUAAACUGAUCCCUUUUUCUGCAUUAUUUAUGUCUUAUGUGGCUAAAAAUGAAGUUUGUCCUUGCUGUUGACAAAACAAAAUACAGUGAACUUUUAGACUGAAAAACUGCAGGAUACAGUAAUGUCUGGCUGCUGGGCAGCAGAUUCUAAUAAAUGACUUGUACUGGAUGUUCAAAGAAGAAUUUUUACAUGUUUUGUAUAGUAAUAAACAACUUUUCUUGUACAAGCAAAAUUC